AUGAACAUGCUAUGGCAGGCCUCGAGGAGGGGUCUGUCCUUUAUUUACCUGCUCUUGAUCAGUCUGUUAUUAUUAAAAGGGGUAUCAACUCAAACUGUACAGAAAACAGGGUUCGAUAAGACUCCAAACAAGUUUUUCUACUUCAAAGAUUCACAGGUUGUUCUUUGGCUCGAUGCAUCAGCACAUACCCUAUAUCGUUCCGAGAAUCAAGGCAAACAGUGGGAGAAAGUGAAAGAUGUUGGUCAAGAUGAGGCCAACUUCUUGUAUGAACAUCCCUUUGAUAGCGAUAGAGCUUAUAUCAUUGGCAAAAGCAAAAGACAUUGGAAGACAACCGAUAAGGGAAAAUCAUGGCAGGAAUUUUCUACACCUGUAGAGCCCGCUGCUGUUGGACCUCAUCUCUCAUUCCACGCUGAACGACCUGGUUAUAUCUUGUUCACCGGAUUCAAGUGUAAAUUGGGUUCUUGGACAGGUGUUGACUGUCAUGACGAGACUCAUUACACACUCAACAAUUUCGAAGAACUGACGUUAUUGCGCACACACACCACCACCUGUAUUUGGAGCUUAUCCAGCCCUCGCUUUGAAAAUGCUCCUGUUAAGGAAAUCAUGUGCGUUGAAUCACCUACAAAAUCUGGACUGACCAGCGUCUUGAACCCGGAUGAAUUCCGCCUCGUUCAGACUGAGGAUUUCUUCCACACGGAGAAGGUCGUCGAUUUCAACACGGGUAGACCAGUAAAGGGCGUCAUUGCUGUCAGCGCCAUCAAUCGUUUUAUUGUCGCUGUCGUCAAGCCAUCACCCGACAAGUUGGAUAUGGUGUUUUACAUUUCUCAAGACGGUGAAAACUGGCAUGAAGCUAUUUUCCCAGAAGGUGCUAAUUUGCAUGAAAAGUCGUUCACCAUUGUUGAAAGUCCUGGCGCUUCUCUCAUGAUUGAUGUACUGGGCGGUGGCACAGAUCAAUUUGGUUCCAUGUAUAAAUCCAAUUCCAACGGCACUUUUUUCAUCAAGAGUCUGGAAAACACCAACAGAAAUGUCAUGGGCUAUAUUGAUUUCGAGCGCAUCCAAGGCGUGGAAGGCAUUUUGAUCGCCAAUGUCAUUAUGAACCCUCGACAGGUAGAAUCUCAAGGCGUGGGCAAGGAAGUGCGUACACGUAUGAGUUUUGAUGAUGGCGCCAGUUGGAAGGAUUUGGCUGUCGUAAAGGACAUGAAUGGUAACAAUAUGAGAUGCUCAGACAGAGAUUGUGCGCUUCAUUUGCACUCGGUAACAUCAAACCACAAUACGGGGCAAGUGUCCUCUGCCGAGUCUGCUGUCGGUGUCAUGAUGGGCGUAGGCAACUAUGGUGCCAAUCUGCUGGAGUAUGAUGAAUGCGAUACUUUCCUAUCAGAGGAUUAUGGUUUGACUUGGAGAAUGGUCCGUGAGGGUGCUCACAAGUAUGAAUUUGGCGAUAUGGGUACUUUGUUGGUGCUUGUGGAUGAUGAAAAGGAAACUGAUCAUGUUUGGUGGAGCAAGAAUCGUGGCCAAACCUGGGAUAAACUCGAUCUCGGUAUCUCUAUUCGCGCUCGCAUGCUGACCACGGAUCCAGAAUCCUCUUCUCGCAACUUUUUGUUAGUCGGCAGCUCUGUUCGCUCCUCCUCGGAUGCUAAAGUCCAAGCCAUCCAACUCGACUUUGCCAACGUGUUCUCCCGCCAAUGUGAACUGAACGAAAAGGAUGAAAACAAGAGUGAUUAUGAACGCUUUGUAGCGCGUGAUAUCACCAGUGGUCCUGACUGUUUGAUGGGUCAUGAGCAGAUCUUUUACCGUCGUAAAGCAGAUCGUGAUUGCUACGUGGGCCGUGAUUACCAAGACCCCAUUGUCGAACUAAAGGAUUGUCCUUGCACGCGUGCUGAUUACGAAUGCGAUUACAACUUUAUGCGCAACCCAGAUGGCUCUUGUACCCGUGUGGGUCCUGAUCGUAUCUCGGAAGACGUCUGUCGCUCCAAGGACGAUUUCUAUCCUGGGUCCAGCGGCUAUCGUCUAAUCCCUGGUAAUACAUGUGUUUUGGGCAACGGAACUCCUUUGGACGAGCCUGUGGACCGCAAAUGCAGUGAGAAUAUUGCCGGUAUCACUCCCAACCCUGCAACGCCUGGCCAUGGUAAUGACAUGGCGAAACCCUCUGACGACACCAUCUCCAAGUAUACUAUCGUAUUCGAUGAUGAUAUUGAACAGUUUAUAUAUUUCCGUGAUUCUGAAGUUAUUUUGAUCCGUCUUCAAAAUGGCGAGUUGUGGCGAUCCAGCAACCAAGGUGUCAAGUGGGAGUCUGUGCUCAAGGAGAAUGGCCGAGUGACUAACGUGGUCUUACAUGAAUUUGACAACCACCGUGCGUAUGCCUUCUUGGAAGACGGUAUUCACUUGACGGAUGAUCAAGGUGCUUCUUGGCGUACCAUCAAGCUUCCAUUGCCUCCCAGUCGUCGUACCAGCAAUGCCCUGGAUUUCCAUCCUCAAGAAAGAGAUUGGCUUUUGUUUGUGGGCGAAUCCAACGACCCCGAACCUCAUUCUGAAGCAUUCAUCUCUCGUAACCAUGGCAACAGCUGGGAUUCCCUCGACAUGUAUGUGGAAAAGUGUAUCUUUGGCCGUGAUUCCAAGUACGAUAUUGAAAAGGAAACCAUCUUCUGCUCUGCAUAUGACAAGAAUCGCAUUGGGGGUGAUUUGAGACUAUUGCGCACCACGGAUUGGGGCCGCACCACUGAAUCCUACUUUGACAAUGUGGUCGAGUUCUUUGUGGUAGAGGACUUUAUGGCUGUCGCAUCCAGUAACAAGGGCGAUCUCACCCUGUUUGUCAGUGUCAAUGGCAAGACAUUUGCUGAAGCUCAGUUCCCUCCUGACCAAUACAUCAACCGCAAUACAUUUACCGUACUGCAAUCUACCACUCACGCCAUCUUGCUCAACAUUUUCAAAUCCACUGGAUUUGGCACUGCUUACGGUUCACUCUACAAGUCAAAUGAGAACGGCACGUUUUAUCAUCUCGCUCUUGAUAACACCAAUGGCGAUGCUUCUGGAUACGUUGAUUUUGAAAAGAUCCAAAGCGUAGAUGGCAUCAUUCUUGCUAACCAAGUGUGGAAUGCUGAUGACUUGGUUGGCAGCCCUGAAAAGACCAAGAAGGUGCGCACCAUGAUCAGUUGGGAUGAUGGAGGCAUCUGGCAGCCUCUUCAGCCACCCAAGAACUUUGAUUGCUCCACCAAGGAAUGCACGCUCAACCUGCACAGUCGCACAGAUAUUCAUGGUCCUGGUGCCAUCUUCUCUUCCUCUGGUGCUCCUGGUCUUGCUAUGGGCGUCGGCAAUGUAGGUGCUUCUAUGAACGCCUACACUGAAAGCGACACUUUCUUGACCCGCGAUGGUGGCCAUACCUGGACCAUGAUCCAAGAAGGCGAGCAUUUUUACGAGUUUGGUGAUCAAGGCUCCAUUUUGGUACUAAUCAACGACGAAAAGCCUACCAAGGAGCUCUUGUAUUCAUGGGAUCAAGGAGAAACGUGGCAUUUCUUUGAAUUCAGUGCGGAUGAGAUCCGUGUCAACACGCUUACCACAGACCCCAAGUCUUCCACGCUCAAAUUUGUUAUCAUUGGUCAUUCUCGCGGUGUAGAGCGCGCGCAAGUGGUGAUUACGGUUGAUUUUUCAGAAACCAAGCAACGCAAAUGUGUGAUUGACAAGCACAAUGACGAAAAGAGCGACUUUGAGCGCUGGAUUCCUAAAGAUGACGAUGGCGAUGAUGCAUGCUUGCUCGGUAAAAAGACAGCGCACUGGCGUCGCAAGAAAGACAGAGUGUGUAUCGUCAAUGCGCAAUUCCAAGAACCCGAAAUCAUUACUGAAAACUGUGAAUGUCGUGACAUUGAUUUUGAAUGCGAGUUUGGCUUCUGGCGCAAUGAAGAGAACGAGUGCGUGUUCAAGGGACGUCAUCCUGAUAGACCACCUAAAUGCGAAGCUGGAAGCACCUUUAGAGGACGCUCUGGCUACAAGAAGAACGCCAAGAGUACCUGUUCUGGCGGCAUCAACCUCGAGGAUCAAAAGGAAUGGCCCUGCGGUACAACAGGCGGUAUUCUCUCCAGCUCCACAGAGUUCACUGAUCGUGUGGUAGACUACAUUUACUUUACUGACACAGAUCGUGUUAUUGUACGUACGCAAGAUGGCAAAAUCUGGCGCAGCGACAAUGAUGGCUACAGCUGGAAGGAGCUAUUCUCUGGACACAAGGUCAUUGCAAUCUACCAAAACCCUCACUUUGAUCAACGUGCCUUCUUUAUCACUGAGGGAACCACUCAUUUUGUAACCAGCGAUAAAGCAUCCAACUUUGAUGAAAUCAGGACGCCUAUUCCACCUCUCACCUAUCUCUUUGGCUCUGUCAUGAGUUUCCACAACGAUGAUCCUGAUUAUGUACUUUAUUUGGGCGAAAAGAACUGCGACGCCCUUGCCAGCAACUGCCAUUCGGAAGCCUUUUACUCUCGUGAUCAUGGUCGUAGCUGGGCCUCCAUUGGCACCUACAUGCGUAGCUGUAUCUGGGGCAGAGAAGGCGCUAUUGAUGCUACUCACCGCAAUUCUAUCUUCUGUGAGCAGUACCGCGAGCAAUCUGGCAACCAGUUGACUCUUGCUGGCAACACGGUUCAGUUUGUUUCCUCUCAAAACUAUUUCCACGACAAGAAGGUUUUGUUUGAAGACAUUGUGGGCGUCACUGUGUUUGGCAAGUACAUGGUUGUUGCUGCUUCCAAGAACGGCGGCGCCAAUCUUCGUUUGCACGUCAGUUUGGAUGGUGAUAUCUUUGCUGCUGCCUCCUUUCCUGCUUCCUUUGACCUCUCUCCCGAGGCCUUCACUAUCAUGGAAUCUGCCAACUCCAUGUGGAUCCAUGUGUCGACCAACACACACAGAGGCAGUGAAUAUGGUACCAUCUUUACCUCCAACUCCAAUGGUACUUACUAUGUCACUUCACUUGAGAAUGCCAAUCGCAAUGAAAUGGGUAUUGUCGACUUUGAAAAGAUGCAAGGCAUUGAGGGCAUUGCCAUUGCUAAUGUGGUGAGCAAUCCUGGCCAAGCCAACAAGGGCGAUCCCAAGAAGCUGGUGACUCGAAAGACGGCAGAUGCUGGUGGUCAUUGGAGCUUAUUGGCACCUCCUCACAAGGACAGCAAGGGCCAAGCAUAUGACUGCCACGGUGCUGAUUGCGCUUUGCACUUGCACUGUUACUCUGAGCGACAAAACUCGCGUGAUCUGUUUAGUUUGUCCAGUGCAGUCGGUCUCAUGGUGGGCGUUGGUAAUGUCGGCACCAGCCUGUCUGCUUAUCGUGAUGGCGACAUGUUUUUGACGCGCGAUGCUGGCAAGACAUGGAACGAAAUUGAGAAGGGUGCUCAUCUUUGGGAAUUCGCUGAUCAGGGUGCCUUGUUGAUCUUGGUCGAUAAUGAACAACCUACUAACGUCCUCAAGUACACGACAAACGAAGGCAUGACAUGGAACAUGUUUGAAUUUGCCAAGCGCGGUGAAAAGGUCAUUAUUGAGGAUAUCAUUACUCAACCUGAUGGCACCAGCCAGAAAUACGUCUUGUUUGGCUUAAAGAACGGCAAGUCUGUUGCUUUCCACGUCGAUUUCAGCUCACUGCAUCCUACAAAAUGUAUCUUGGACAGCGAUCAUCCCAAUGAUGACGAUUUCGAGCUAUGGAGCCCUGAAGAUACAAGAGGUGAGCAGUGUCUAUUUGGUAGAGAAACCAAGUAUUUCCGUCGUAUUCAGGACCGUGAUUGCUACAUUGGCGAAAAGUUGGUUCAGCCCAGAGAAAUUGUGCGUAAUUGUACCUGUACUGAAGAAGACUAUGAAUGUGAUUUCAACUUUGUUCGUGAUUCCAACAACAAGUGUGUUUUGGUGCCUGGAUACUCUCCUCUGGAGCCUACGUGCGAUGGUACGAGAGAUUUUUACUACACACCUACUGGCUAUCGUAAGAUUGCUGCUUCCACUUGUCAAGGGGGCAAAGAGCUUGAAAAGAUUGGUGCUGAGCAAAUGUGGUGUCCUGGUGCCAGUCAUUCAGGUGGUGGAUGGGUUGCCUUCAUUUUUGCACCCAUCAUCGCAGCUGGUCUAGUGUUUGCUGCACUGCACUACCGCAAACGUGGUGGAUUUGGUCGUAUUCGACUUCCUGACGGCACGCAACAAAUGGGUUCAAACUUCUUAUCCAGCCCUAUUAUUACCAAGAUAGCUGCUGCUGCUGUGGUUAUUCCCGUUGCCAUUAUUGGCAUCCUUUCCCGUAUUCAAUUACCUCGAUCACUAUCUGAUAUCAACUUGUUUAGUAAUUGGCAUUUACCCUCAUUCAUGUCUAGACGACGUGGUGGUGUUGGCUAUACUGCUUUGGGUCAAGAUGAACACACAGAUGUUCUGUUAGAGGAUUAUGAUGGAUCAGAGGAGCAUUUGAUUGAUGAGGCUGAUGAGUUUGACGAUGCAGAUGAAUUCUAA